CACAAUAGCGGCGCUCCGCGGCUACCGACGGCGAUUAUUUGCUUAUCUCGUGGCCACCGCUUCGGAUAUCGAGGCAGCCUUAUCGGAGGAAAAAAUACCAGCCGAAGUACGGCGGCCACUACUCUUGUCCACAACGAGGCUCCUGCUGCUAGAAAGCAGCCAUGUUAUGACGUCAUCUUUUAACCGAGAGUCUGGUAGCAUGGUGGUGUCUUCGCUCGGAUUUGUUGUUGUUCUCGUCGUUGUCUUGUGCGUCGAAGGCUAUGAGGAUCAAAGAUCGACGGAGGCGUCUCCUACGCUCAAAUCUUCAAAGUGCAGAAUUUCAACGAAUGGUGACCGUGAGCUCAUCGCAACAACGGUGGGCGUUGACCAGUGCCUAUGCGUUACGGACAAGGACUCGUGUGACCCGCGGACGAAAUGUGCUGCGAAUCAAACGCUAGGAGUGUACCCUUCCGCAACUACCAUCACGGUGUGUCUUGCGGGUACCGCGUCGACUACCGAAAGUUCGACAGCGCCUACAAGUUCUACGCCUGCGCCUAUUCCUGCCCAACGUUCCUUGACCAAUAUAGCGGCAACAGAAAAUCCCGUGGCCGCUUCUACAUCUGACGCUACGACACUUCAACGUCGAAAGAAUACAGUUGCAAACUUGUCUCCUGAUGGAACUACGCAAUAUCAAACUUCCAAAGAUGAAAUUGGAGAUAUGGUUACGCUAGAGGGCACUACGAAAUCUGGCGAUGAUGUUACGGAAGGGUCGACAGUACUUGUGGUAGAAAGCACACUUGGAAGUACAGGUCAUCCCACAUCAGUUACAGAAGCUCCUGGUGAAGAGGCCACAACUUCCUCCCUCCUCGACGAUACCACAUUGCAAAGUACGACGACUUCACGAAAUUCCGAAGGUGGCAGAAGCAAAGAGCGCCAUCGAACUAAGAGGGGAACAGGAGGAGGAAAGGCGCAGAGAAAUAAAAGGGAAGCGACCAUCACAAGUGGAGCCAGGACUACUACACCUGAUGACGUUUCAGCUAACCCUAGUUCUGUGCAUGGCGACCCGACCACCACGCCCGUGAGCUUGACUAGUGUUACCCCUACAUCAGCUCCAGCUAAAACGACAAACCAGGGAGCUAAAAGUGGGACGUUCACAGUGAAAGAUGUUACUGAUCCUGGACGUAUGCCCACGUCGAUGACCACCGAUAUGUCACUACUUCCAAGAACGGAUGUGACCGCGACUGCUGGUUCGGAUGUGACUACUAAGAGCUGUUGGAGCCUGAGUGUACCGGAUCCUCCAGAAGAGCCCGCUUUGCAGCAGUCAGGCAACAACUCAAUUUUGGUGCGUUGGAACUGGCCCCGUAACCAGACUAACCUCUGGAUGAUCCUCACAUGGAAUGGCAGCAACGAAGACUACACUAACGAUUCAUCUUACAAGAUCCACUUGCAGCAGCCAUGGAGAAAGUGCAAUCUCACUUUAGGCCUGUGCAUUCAGAGAGAGGACGACCCAUGCGCGAGCUUCAUCUGCGGUGUCAAACGUGUUAUUUCCAUCUAUGCCGUACCUGAAGCGCCAGGACAACUGGAAUCCCUGAAUCAGAGUUCGGCCACAAAUUCUACUGUGGUCUUGACGUGGAACCUUCCUGAGCUGCUCUACCCUGAACUACAAUAUCGAGUGGAGCUCUAUUGGAUCAAUGGAAACGGAUCUACAAACGAGACCAUAUACGAAGUUGGCCCAUUCCUUCCCGGUAGCGAGAACAACGUUGAAGCGAGGCUUUGCGUCAGCGACGACGAAUGGGAAGCAAUCUGUGGCCCUGCAGUCAACAUAACCGUCCACACGCUUCCAGGAGCACCAAGUGCUGUCGAGGACUUAAAGGCCCUGACGGUGGGCAGCGAGUACAUCGAAACAGAGUGGUCAGCGCCCUCGGAAGCCAACGGUCCACUCGACUUCUAUCUGGUCGUCUGGGAAGAGAAUGCCAGUGUAAAGAUUGAUGUCCAAGGGAAACCCAGGGUCAAUUGCAACAUCACGGAACUACAACCAUGGACGAACUACAGCAUACACGUGACCGCAUGUAACAAUCUGCCUGCAGAGAAUGAAGACGUGUGCGGAGAACUGAGCACGCUUAACGUCCAGACGGACGCAGCUGCACCAAGUUCCGUGUCAGCGUUGAACGUCACUUCAACGGGAUCCACGUUCGUCGAUGUCGAGUGGGACGAGCCGAUGGUUAAGAACGGUCCAGUCUCUUUCUACUUGAUCAAAUGGGCGAGGUUCACCUACGACGACAGCGAGGAAGUGAAGGUGGACGGUGGCUACAGCUCCACCACGUACAACAUAUCUCGUCUGAAGCCCUGGUUGAUGUACACUAUCAGUGUCAAGGCAUGCAACGAGGACUUUGACAAAAAUGUGUUGUGUGGCGAAGAGGAGUUUCUGGACGUGAAGACCGCAGUUGAUGCACCAAGUUCCGUGACAGCGUUGAACGUCACUUCAACGGGAUCCACAUUCAUCGAUAUCAUGUGGGAGGAGCCGACAGAUGAGAACGGUCCCAUCACUUUCUACUUGAUCAAAUGGGCGAGGUUGACCUCCGACGUCAGCAAGGAAGUGAAGGUGACCGGUGGCAAAAGAUACACCACGUACAACAUAUCUCGCUUGGAGCCCUGGUCAAACUACACUAUCAGUGUCAAGGCAUGCAACGAGGACUUGGACAAGAAUGUGUUUUGUGGCGACGAGGAGUCGCUGACCGUGGCGACCGCAGUUGGUGCACCAAGUUCCGUGCCAGCGUUGACCGUCACUUCAACGGGAUCCACAUUCAUGGAUGUCAUGUGGGACGAGCCGACGGUUAAGCACGGUCCCGUCUCUUUCUACUUGAUCAAAUGGGCGAGGUCGACCUCCGACGACAGCAGGGCAGUGGAAGUGGCCGGUGGCGACAGCCCCACCACGUACAACAUAUCUCGUCUGAAGCCCUGGUCCAACUACACUAUCAGUGUCAAGGCAUGCAACGAAGACUUAGACGAGAAUGUGCUGUGUGGAGAAGACGCGUCUGUGACUGUGGCGACCGCAGCUGGUGCUCCAAGCGCACCGAGAAACCUUCGUCUGACGAACAUCCUUGACACCAGCAUGACAAUCGCGUGGGAGCGACCCGGUCAGGCCAACGGCCCCUUGGACGGCUACGAGGUCUCCUCUAGUAUUGACGGCAGUAGUCUGUCGUUUUCAAACAGUACGGACACGUCCGCAACUCUGACACAUCUGAAGCCCUACACGACGUACAAGGUUGUAGUGCGUGCGUUCAACGUUCAAGACGGCAAGCGACUCCUGGGAACGUCUUCAUCGUUAAAUGGAACAACGCAAAUUGGAACUCCUGGUUUACCGACCAGUAUCUUGGGCGAAGCAACCGCCAGCAGCUUGACCUUGUCCUGGAGAGCACCGCGAGAGCCGAACGGUCCCCUGGACGGCUACAACGUCACGUGGGCUGCCAAGGGCAAAGAAGAAAACCAUACCGUCACCAGUAUCGCCGAGAUAAUCAUCGAUAACCUAAAAGCGUACACCGUAUACCAAGUCAACGUGCGUGCCUUCAACAGGCUUCCCUCGGGAGAAGUUCUUGCAGGUGAAGAAGCCACUUGGGAGCAUACCACCUGCCCCGACGCCCCGUCAGCACCAACGAGCGUUUCUGCUAGUCCUGGAACGCGGACCAUUUCCCUGGAGUGGAGGGUUCCAGAAGUACUCAAUGGUGCCCUCAACGGGUACACCGUGCGCCUCGUCGAUGCUGAUGGUACUCACGUACAGCGUGAAGUGGACGUGCAAGGCACGCGGACUGUCCUGACGGGAUUGAAACCCUAUAGCCGGUACAACGUCAGCGUCGCUGCUUACAAUCUCUACAACUCCACGACCAAACUUAUUGGAGACGAAUACCGUACUCAAGUUCUCACAUUUCCAGAACCUCCCGGCCCCAUGAAAGACGUUCAAGUGACGGCUUAUAGAAACAACUCCGUGAGACUUUCCUGGAAGCUUCCUUCUGAAACCCGUGGGAAGCUCACCUCCUUUCUCCUAGAUGUUAACGACACAAAGGGCGAUGGCGUAACGGAACAGUACAAUUACUCGCUGCUCAAACUUUGUAAGGAAGGACAUUGCGAACACCUCUUCACUCGACUUCACGCCGAGUGUGAGUACCUAUUCGGUGUCCGAGCCAUCAAUGAAGGUGUACGACAGCCUGGAGCUCUGAAUGCACUCACCGUCACUAUUCCUCCGGGUGAUCCGCCCCAAGCGAAAAACAUCAGCAGCAGUGUGGAAGGUGGCAUCGCUUACCAGCCAUACAGUCAGUUCCUGUUUUCCAUGGCUCCAGACACAUUCAACGACUUCAACGGAGCCAUCGUCGCUUAUGAAGUGAUCGCCUCAGAGUCAUCUUGCAUCGGACAGAGUGUUGCCGGGAACCUAACAUGGGGUGACGUGACAUCGAAGGAUGCGGUACCUCCUUACCUAGCGUCUCCCAAAGGAUGGAAUCCGUUUCAACCAGGUCCUUCCAGAAGUUAUGAUCCGAUGGCUUGCAGUGUAUCCAACAGCAGAGCAGUCUGUAUCCUUGGUGCCCAGCACUGUCCUUCUAAUGCCCCGAUGCCCUGCAAUGGUCCACUGAAAUCAGGGAAAAGCUACGCGAUGUAUGUGCGAGGCUACACCGCCGGCGGGUCGAGGGCCACGGCUCCGCUACAUUUCUCCACGGAGCCACUGCCAGAAAAGAGUGAUGCUGGUGCCAUUGCUGGCGGUGUAAUCGGAGGUCUUAUUAUUGGACUCAUCAUCUUGGCUGCAGGCGUAUACUCCAAGCGGUUUCGCAUCACCAUUGGAAGACAAAAGUCGCAAUCCAACGGCAAUAUAAAAGCUGCACAGAUCACGGACUCCAGCGUCGAACUAGUCCACGUUUCAAGCUCCAAUGGCUUACCGAAGAAGGGAGAGCAGGCCGUUGCGGAGAAUGUAGCCAUGAGCCCGGAGGAGAGCACCAUCCCAAUCGUUCACAUACCCAAAGGACCCAUAAAAAAAAGCGAGUUCUCAGCGUACGUGGACGACAUGAUGAAAGACUGCGGCUACAAGUUCAUGGAUGAGUACGAGAGGCUGGUAGAGUUGAGUCCUCACUACCGGUGUGAUGCGGCGCGAGAACCUGAAAACAGCAAAAAGAACAGAUUCACCAAUAUACACCCCUUCGACAAGAAUCGCGUUCCCCUGUCGGAGAUCAACGGCGACCCGCACUCUUCCUACAUCAAUGCAAGUUUUAUCCAGGGCUUCAACGGUACCAGGGAGUACGUGGCAGCGCAGGGGCCCAACGUGACCACCAUAAACGACUUCUGGAGGAUGGUCUGGGAACACGAUGUUCGUUGCAUCGUCAUGCUGACGCAAUGCGUUGAAGGAAACAAGAAAAAGUGCGAGCGUUAUUGGCCAGAUGAGGAACAAAGUUACGGGGACGUUAACGUCAAGAAGGCCAGUGUCACGACGCACGAGGACUACACCGUCACUUUGUUCUCCAUAAAGUCGGAUGACUCGAGCCACUGGAGGGACCUCAAUCACGUGUUUUUCACUGGCUGGCCAGACCACGGGGUUCCGGAGACGCCUGACAAAUUGAUCGAAUUCGUUCGCGCAUGCCAGAAGUUCUUUGGCCCAAGGACUGGCAACCAACCACCCAUAGUUGUACACUGCAGCGCUGGCGUCGGUCGCACGGGAACCUUCAUCGCUCUCGACUAUCUUCUGCAGCUCCUGCAAGUGCAGGAGACGGUGCAUAUCUUCAGCCUGGUCCUGCAGCUCCGCGAGGGCAGGAGGUGUAUGGUUCAAAACGAGAGUCAGUACAUUUACUUGCAUAAAUGCGUCAAGGCUGUCCUUCAAGAGGAUGAAAAUGAUACGCCCAGCAGCAGCUCGCCAGACGAGCCAAUCUACGAAAACGUGGAUUCACUGCGAGACGUGAGAGCAUGACGACGCUUCGUGGACACACACACCUAGGAUGCUUUUUUUUUUUAAACUGUGUGUGAGCUCGGGCUGACAUGACGGUCUGCUGCGCGUCUUCAAGACAAUAGUGGUGGCUACUGACACUAAUCUGAUAUAGCGGCCGCGUAAGACUGAAAGUUCACGUGUUACUGACGCUCCAAGUACAACGGACUAUUCACACGCUUUUCAGCAACAUACGUUGAUCAUUCAGGAGUUGCGAUGCAGCAUAUAAGAGUACCCUUACGUGAUCUUACAGCCCAAACUGCUGGCCUGCACUAUUGCGUUUCAAUGCGUGCGACACUGAUCCGUCCGUCCGUCCGUCCGUUCGCGAACUUGGUUGGUUCAACAAGUUCAGCUUUUGGGCAUAGCGACGCAAGCACAAGCCAACGAGAAGACAGGCGAUGCCAGGAUAUAUCAAUUGGUUGUGCGACAGGAGUGCGUGUGAUUGGCUCCGUAGUCCGGUGUUAUGGGAUUACGAAGGACUUCUAGCAAACUGGCUUUGCAAUGGUGCGAACAUCAAUGUGAAAGGAAUGCGCGGACGCGGAUCUGUUCGAACGCAAUAGUGUGGAACAGCCUUAAACUGAGAGCCAGACGCGAGCCAGUUGAAGUGAUCUUGAAGUAAUCAUGAACGUGACAAAAAGUUUCAAACUGGCGCCAUGGUUUGACCCUGAUGGUAAAUUUUAAAGUUGCUUAUUAUAAGCAAGCUGACUGGAAUGUCAGCGUCAGCGGCUGUGACGCGCGAGUGCUGUUGAAGCAGAUGGCUGUGAUGGGCAAGGAGGACACUACGAGGAUGAGCGCACAUUAGUCAAAAGCGUCCAAGUAUAGAUACCGUAUGAUACACUGGUCGGAGUUGCACAAAGGGUCCCGCAAAUAUAGAGAAAAUUGUAUCUCCAAAGAUCUGACGCUAUUCUGUGACACGCUCGUCAAUUCCUGUUGCGUUAAAUUUCACCUUUUAUUAUUUUAUACGACUAUGAAUCAAUUAAGGAAAGACAGGAAAGAUUUCUCGUUUCCGGCUGUGGCGUGUUGUACGAGAAAUACCAUAAGUUCUUGCACAAGAACGGUGAUCAUAGGUGACCUGUAGCACGCGACCUUAGACUUGCAGAAUCCUACUUACGGGACCUCGUAAGAGAAUGAGUGAGGUUGAACCCAUCGGCGGGAGGAGGCUCCACUCAUGGCUGCUCACUACGUGGGACGUCAGGCGGCAGAUUGAUUGAUUGGAAAAUACGUCGUAUAACACUGGUUGCCAAGAAUCAGUGAACAAUCACCAUGAUGUCUUAGGGAGUCUUCGAAAUUUGGAUUUGCACCGAAGCUACGAAAGAGUGUGCGCCCCACUGGGAGGUGGAAUAGAUGUAUUUUAUAUAUUCGUGGAGUGCAGCUUCGAUUCCUUCGAUGAUUUCGAUAUGUUAGCUGCUUUCUAUUGACCAUAUCUGUGAUGCUCUAGUCUGAUCUGUGUAAAUAAAAGCGAUGCCUCAUA